AUGUCUCAAUUGUACAAAUUGCAAAUUGUUUUGGUCCCGCCUAGUUCAAGAUUUUCAAUUAUUAAUCCCACCCAACAUAACAAUGGCAAUUCAGCAGCAAAUUCUACUGUAAUACAAACAAUUCCAACUUAUACAUCUGAUCUGCAUAAAAACAAUGGCAAUACUGUCAAUGCCAAUGUUAACACGAUCGGUCCUUUUGCCAACAAUAAUAACGGUGGGAAUAACAAAAUCGUUAACAGAAACAAUAUUAACUCUGCGAGUACUAAUAUAAGUACGAGAAGCGAAUUUGCAAGAGAAGGUGAUAUACAAGCUGCUCAUUAUAUUUUAAGAGCCAAUCCUAAUCCAAACUUUUCCCCAAGCACUUCAGGUGUGUUUAAUACUUCUAUAAAUCCCUUUAUCACUUCACCUGCUCAACCCGCCUCUCAAAGGUUUUACAAGAAAUUUUUGCAUUUAAUAAGCCCAACUAAAUCUCUAUUUCAGUUGAGUGAAGAAAUUAUUGCCAAAUGUUCUAAGUUGUACCCCAAUUUAAAAUCUCGUAUUGAUAUUAUUUCUCUUCAAGAUUCUGAUGAAUGUGAUCUAGAUCCAGAUUUUACAGUGGGUGAAAUUUUUAAUUUUAAUAACACUGUUUAUGUAAUUUUAAAAGGUGAGCUGGAAUUUUUUGAUGAUGAUGGCAAAGGUGUUAUUGAAAAUGAAGCAAAUUUAUCCCCAUACCAGUUGAGAAGAAAAAGAAAGACAGAAUCGGAUGGCACACCAGCUACUAUUAAUAACCCAUCAACCGAUAUGAACCAUAUCACGGGUCCACCAACCAUAACUAUCCAGAAAAAACGUAAGACCAAUGAUAAUAAUAGUGAUGAUCAAGUUCAGCAGCAAACAUUACGUAUUUCUACACCAUUAGCAAAUGAGAUUUUCCCAUCCAGUCGUAUUAUUACUACUAAUGCUAAAAUUCAAAACAAUAAACCGUCUUCAUUGACCUCUAUCAAUGUAAAUAUCGAAAAACCAAACGAUCAUGACUAUAAUAUAGAUGAUCUGUUGGAAGAUAGAUCUAUAUUACCACCACCGCCACCACAGUCACCACCAAUACGCAUUAGUUCCAGAAUUGAAGCCAAAAGAAUAGUAAGUUUUACUGGCGAUGAAGAUGCUGUUUCCAGAUCUGAACAAGUCGAUCCUGACAAAACAAAAAGGACAACCCCAAUGAAAUCACCAAAUGCUUAUCUUACAAAUAAUAAUCGCAAUAAUAACAACAAUGCUAAUGGUAAUAGUAAUGGUAACAAAACUUCCAUUUUUAAUGCGACACCAAAUAGAUUCACUAUGACUGGUCAAAGAGUGGUUAGUGCCAAUAAUACCGUCAUUCAUAAUCCUUCAAAUCGUGUUGCUUCCACACCUUUAACAACACAUAUUCAGCCGUGGAAUGAUACUACCACCAAAAAGGAAAAGAGAAUUACCAGUGGGAUGUUGGUUAUACCUGAACCAAAAAUAAGUGAAGUUGAAAGGGAGAUGCAAGAGGGACCGUCUUCUCCAGCUGGAAUAUUACCUUUAAAAUCAGAUAGAAUUCCAAUGAAAAAACAAGCUUAUAUUCAAGAUUUGGAAUAUGCCUCUCCAUCUUCUUCUUCCUCUUCCUCUCCAUCUUCUCCUCCCCCCCAUCCUUCUUCAAAUACUUUUAGAACUACUGACCCUACUGUUGCCAAAGAAAAUCAACAAAAUAAUGUUAUUGAGAAUACCAGCAAUACCAACGAUAAGAAAAUUAUUGCAUCACCUCCCUUACACAGGGGCUCAACUUCUAGCGAUGAGUCUGUGAAAAGAACGCCAAUGGGUAAACCAAGCAUAGAUGAUAUGGAUAGCCCAACAAAAAAGAGUAGCGUCAGAGACAGUCUAUCCCAAGAUGAAGUUCAAUUGGCCAAAUUACCAACUGUAAGGAAAACAUCGAUAGAAGAAAAAUUAAAUAAUAAGCAAAGGAUACAAGAAAAUGAGGAAACCGUAUCAGGAGAACAUAUUGAUGGCUUGAAUUUGAAAAUGGUUGGAUCAGAUAACAACCAACAACCGGAACAAUCUAUUAACGUAACCACUAGGAAAGAAGAUUUUUCUGAUAGUGAUUCUUCAACUGCUGCAGCUAACGACUCAACAAUACACUUAAAAAACAAUAUAAAAAAAAUAGACACCACCAAUUUAAUGCAGGAUAAUGAAACGCAGGAGGGGGGGAAAAAGUAUCAAGCAUUUGAUAUUAGUUUACAUAAGGAAGAACUAUUAAGUAUGCUAAAUGGCAACAAAUUUGUUAUUCCUCCAAAAUUGAAAAGGAAAACUAGAAAUGUCGAAAAUAAUGUUGGCGCUGAAAAAACAAGUUCUUCCAAAAGGAAGCCUUAUACAACUAUAUUGAAUAUUGAUUUGGAUAACAGUAAACCAGAUCCUAGAAAUAUUUUACCGAAAGGAACUUCAAGGAGCGCUGCUAGAAAAGCAACAAAAUUAAUUACUAGUAAUAAGGAAAAGACAAUUGAUUCAAGUUACGAUUCUAGUGCAACCUCCUCAAAUUCACCUGAAUCAUCAUCCUCUUCUUCCUCAGAAAGCGAAACAACUAGUGGUAAUACGAGUGACGAUAUUACUGAAGACAGUUAUACUGAUGAUGAAAAGAAAGCUGACACUAUUAAACAAUUAAAGGAUUUGAAUGUUAAUCCAUUAAAGGAAGACAUUAGAAGGAGUAGUUCUUCUCCUCCUUCUAUUCUACCCUUUCAACAGAAGACAGAGCCCAUUACUACUAGCGAGAAGCUUCCAGCUACCACCAGUAUAAUUCAAUCUGGUACCAAAUCUAAUUUUGACUCGCCAAAGAAGUCAGGUGUAGUGGUGGCUGGUAACGUUGAAAAAUCUUUGACUGGCGAUGAGAAGCCUCCCGUUAAAUCUCAUGAUGUGCCAAAAACAUCUAAUUCGACAAAAAAAUCUACAGCGGAAUACGAAUCUAAGAAAAAUGAAAUACAAACAACAAAUCAUGUCGUUGCUUCUCCGGAUGCCUCCAAAAAAUCUAUAGUAGAGACUACUAACAAAACCAGUAUUAAAUCCAUGGCACCCUCUGUUCAUAAAAAGCUAAGUGUUCCGUUAGCCAAUAAAGGUAAGAAACCAGCAUUUGACAAAUCAACCAAAAUUGGUGUUAAAUUAACUAACAUUGAUUCAGACUCAGACUCAGACUCAAGUUCUAGCUUUGAUUCUGAACCUGACUCUGACUCUUCUAAUGAUAAAGCUUUUGUUGCUAAAAAGUAUGCAGUGCAACUUCAGCAGAAUAAAUCUAAAUUGGGUACCAGGAUCGGUUUGAGGGAAUCAAACAAUAAUCAAUCUGGUGUAAAGAAUUAUCCUAGUGCCGAAAUCAUUGAUGAUUCUGAUGAUGGUUUAUCCACUGAAUCUGAAAGUACUACCGGAAGUGAUGAUAGUGGCACUGAAUCUGAGAAUGAGCAUCUUAAUUAUCUCAAAAAAAAUCAAGAAAACGAGUUAAAAAGGAAAGAACAACUAAAAGAAUUAGAUUUGAAGAGGAAAAAAGAGCUUGAGGAAAAAAAGGAAGAAUUGAGAAUAAAAAUCAGGGAAGCCGAACGCUUGUCUCGAAUCAGAAAGAGGGAAGAAGAACUGGCUAAAAAUAAGGCUAAGAAAGAAGAAGAACUGGCUAAAGAUAAGGCUAAGAAAGAGGAAGAACUGGCUAAAAAUAAGACUAAGAAAGAAGAAGAACUGGCUAAACAAAAAGAAGAAAAGGCGGUUCAAUAUAAGGCGGAAAUGAGGACAAAUAAACAAGAACAGCAGCAGGAGCAGCAGCAGGAGCAGGAGCAGUUGGAGGGGAAAAAAAAAGAGGGGACAAAAUUAAGAAAACAAAUUGUACAAGAAGAACUUAAGAAAAAGGCAACACAAGAAACUUUGCACAAUAGUGGAAAAGGGAACCAGAUAAUAGAGGAAAAGAAAAAUACUGGAAAAAAAAGCCAAAAAGAAGUAAACAAAAUGAUUGAUACUGUAAAGGAAAAGGAAACAAUAAGGGCUCCAAAAAAAAAUGAAAAAGCUUAUAAAAUUGACACUGAAGAUAAAAUAACUUACAUACCCAAUACUGAAGAGAGUAUUCCAAACAAUUUAAAUGCAAAUUCAAAAGUUGAGUCUUCAAUACAACCAAGCCAUGUAGUUAAAGAAAAAAAUCUACCAUUAGAAUUUGACUCAGACUCUUCACAAGAUAGCUCGGAUGACGAUGAUGAGGCUGAAGAAGAAAACAAAGGGAGGAAUAAACCUCGUAGGGGGAUUGUUGCUAAACCCAAAGGUGCUGUAACUAGGAUAGUUCCCACUAAAUCCGCAUUUGAAACGGAUUUUAUGGAUGAUAUACAUGAUAUUGCACAAUCGACUCAGAAGAAUAAUAGUUCGCCAGUAAGGGAAUCUCCAUCUAUUCCAAAACCAAUGAAUCCAAGCGUAUCAUUGAAACGAAAGUUAGCUUCUCCAACUUUAAAUAGUAACAGCAGAUUAAAAAAAACCCGUUCUUCAUUAAACACUCUAUCUGAUUUAGCUCAACGUGGUGUUCCAGAAGUCAAAGAAAAAGCUAAUAAUACUGUUGGAUCGAAGAAAGUUUCCAGCCCCCUUAUUGCCAGUUCGAACGAAGAAGAAUCAGAUUCUGAGGAUUCUGAGGAUUCUGGGGAUUCCGAUGAUAGUUCUAGUGAUGAGAGCAGCAGUAAUGACAGUAGCGAUUCAGAUAGUAAAAAUAAUACAAAGUUUAUUAAUGCAAAGGGCUUGAAUAAAAGAAAAAAGAAAUCUAAUAGCGGGUUUGCUUCAUUAAUUAAAGACUCAAAGAAGAAUUCCAGUAUGGUUUUAUAG